CCCGCCAGUUUUGCUACUGGCGGAGUUUAUUUUCCAGCUUUUCUUAUUACCUUUACAUUGGCAAUUUACAUUUAAGCUUAACUUACAACAAUAAUGCGAUUUUGAAUUUGGCGGGCUGUUAACAUUAACAUUACAUUAACAUCUAGAAACAUGUUUACAUUCAGGCAGCCCUAUUUUGACAUUCGCAACAAUUGACGUGCAUUUAUACAAACAGGUGGUCACAAAGAGAUGAGUAUUUGGACAAAUUGCAACAUUAAUGACAUUUAUAGACUAAUUAAAUCCUAUUUAUUUUCUAUUUCAGGUACUGGAGGAUCAUCGUCGUCGUCUGGAUGACACAGGGCGCAUCCGCCUCAGCGCUGGAUGUGCACGUGUGUGUGAUGCAGCAGAUCACGCAUCUGCGGCAUCAGAAUUGGCAGAGGCAGGAUCCAGGAGAGGAGCUGGCGUGAAUGGUGAUGGUGUUUGGCGAGCGACUCUGGUCCGGCCGCCCACGUUGCUUCUACCUGGAGAUCUGGGGAUUGGCACUGGUCCGGCCAAUCGGGGUGCGUUGACCAGUGGAAACGGCCGCAAAUGAGUGCGAAUUGGCUGCAUCCGAGUGGCUGCUGGUCCGGCCACCCAGGAUGCACUGUCGAUGUAGAUGGAGAUGGAGCGCUGGCCAGAGUCAUCUGUAUUGGCUGGCCUCGUCGUUGCAUUCCCGCUGCUGUUUUGUGAUGAUGAUGGCGUGACGUCAUGGCCAUCGGUUGCCGGCAGCGUAAUCGGAGGGGCUUCCGAAUUGGGCCCAACUUGCAACACAAUGUUGCGGUUGGUGGCGAGGCAGGUACUGGAGAGGCUGAUCUGUGAGUGUAUUGUCAGCGGCAGCCUGGAUGUUGAUGGCGACGACGAUAGGGCCUUCAAACUUCGCCCAUUUGGCAGGAAUUGGAUGGCGAAAUUGACGAGGCACCUGCUGGAGAGGCAUCUCUAUCGGAGGCGUGGCAGCGGCAGCCUGUGGACUGGAUGUUGUUGGCGACGGCGAUAGGGCCUUCAAAUUUCCCCCAUUUGGCAGAAAGUGGAUGGUGAAAUUGGUGUGACAACUGCUGGAGAGGCAGCUCUAUCGGAGGGGUGGCAGUUACGUAUGUUUU